AUGACACUAAACACCCAGCAAGAAACAAAAACCUCGCUGCAUCGUCGAGCCAGCACUCCACUGCCCCUGUCUUCCCGAGGUCACCAGUCUGGCUUCCUGUGCACCCCAUCUGCUACCAAAUCCCAGCAUCCUCGACUGGGCCAAUCAGCUUCCCUCAACUCUCCUGCACAGCAGCCUUCACCCAGCCCCAACAGCUGGUCCUCUGAAUCCAGUGACUCUGAAGGGUCCUGGGACGCCCUCUACCGUGUGGUACUACUUGGAGAUCCUGGUGUAGGGAAGACGAGCCUGGCCAGCCUCUUUGCAGGAAAACAAGAGCGGGACCUCCAGGAACAGCUAGGAGAAGAUGUAUACGAGAGGACUCUCACAGUGGAUGGAGAGGACACCACGCUGGUGGUCAUGGACACCUGGGAGGCUGAGAAACUGGAUGAAAGCCACGAAUCAUGCCUGCAGAUGGGCAGUGCCUACGUCAUUGUGUACUCCAUCGCAGACAGAGGUAGUUUUGAGAGUGCCUCUGAGCUCCGUAUUCAGCUGCGGCGCACACACCAGGCCAACCAUGUACCCAUCAUCCUGGUGGGCAACAAGGCUGACCUUGCACGCUGCCGUGAAGUUUCUGUAGAAGAGGGUCGCGCCUGCGCUGUGGUGUUCGACUGCAAAUUCAUUGAGACAUCAGCCACACUGCAGCACAAUGUGGCGGAGCUCUUCGAGGGUGUGGUGCGCCAACUGCGCUUGCGCCGUCGGGACAGCAAGGCCCAAGAGCCACCUGCACCCAGACGGCGAGCAAGCCUGGGCCAACGUGCUCGUCGUUUCCUGGCACGCCUGACAGCCAGCAGUGCCCGCCGCCAGGCACUCAAGGCCCGCUCCAAAUCCUGCCACAACCUAGCUGUGCUCUGAAGCCAUCAACCCUCCUAAGGGUGGCAGGGACACUGGAGUGCAUUCUGGCCUCUAGCAACGCCACCAAAAGACAAAGACUUGUUGCCUGAAGUCACUUCAAGAGCUUUGCCUGACUGAUGCUCCAGGUGGGAGCCUCUCCCAGAGGCCCAACUUCAGGGACCCCUCUUCCUCCAGGAAAUAAAUGCAUGGGCUGUGGGGCCAAAACCCCAAAUUGGGCAUAGAGUAGUAUUUUCUGGGGGUGUGUGUCUUUUCAUAAAAAUCUUUCUUAUCCCUGGACUCUGGCCAACCUUCAGAAACUCCCCACAAUAAAUCAUAAGGAUGACUUAUCUAAA